UCGGCGAACCGCACAGACAAGUGAGGAACCCCGAAGGCCAAGCCAUAAACAUCAAGGGGGAGCACCAGCGACAUCGUUGGAACAUUGCGUAUCCCUCUCCGUUCGUGGCCGCUUCUAGAAACCAUGGCUAUGAUCGCUAGGAACACCGCCUCACGCCUUCCUCUCCUCCUUUUCCAGCACCGCGGAGCUGCCCUCUCUCUCCACACCACCCUCCCCUCCCACUCCCCGGAAUCAGCGCCACCCACUCCUUAUGCCCGCCCAUUGCCCCCUUCCACCUCUUCCCCCGCCGGCCUUUCCAAGGCUGCGGAGUUCGUUAUUUCCAAGGUCGACGAUCUUAUGAACUGGGCUCGCCGCGGCUCCAUCUGGCCCAUGACUUUUGGCCUCGCUUGCUGUGCCGUCGAAAUGAUGCAUACAGGUGCUGCUCGCUACGAUCUGGACCGCUUUGGUAUCAUUUUCAGGCCUAGUCCUCGCCAAUCUGAUUGUAUGAUUGUCGCUGGUACCCUCACCAACAAGAUGGCCCCAGCUCUUCGCAAGGUUUAUGACCAAAUGCCUGAGCCAAGGUGGGUCAUCUCCAUGGGCAGCUGUGCAAAUGGUGGGGGAUAUUACCACUACUCAUACUCUGUUGUUCGAGGCUGUGACAGGAUUGUCCCUGUGGACAUUUAUGUUCCAGGAUGCCCUCCCACUGCUGAGGCCUUGCUGUAUGGGCUACUCCAGCUUCAGAAAAAGAUCAACAGACGCAAGGAUUUCCACCAUUGGUGGACCAAAUGAGUGCUUUCUAAUUUGUUACAUGCGGAGUUCGCGGCAUCAUUAUGAUAAAAAUAAAUACAAAUUCCAUCCACGGUGUAGGUGAUGCGUGGAGAGAGUGUUGAUCUUUUUAUAUUCUAAAUUCAGAGUUAUCUUUGGUAUUCACCAAAACCUUUCCAUGGAUGGGAGUGCAUAUGGUUGCUGCAAUUCUGGUAAAACUUUUAUAAGUUGGACAUGACUGAAAGAACUUGCUUAAUUACUAGCUUGUGUAUUUGUUAGAGUGCUGGGGACUAAAAUAAGGGACUUUUUGUUCUCCUUCCAUUGCAACUUUUGUUGAAGCAAUAUUUUUUUAAUCGAGUGCAUCUCCCAAUUGUUGUGUGAUAA